UAGGGAAGAGAGUAAAUGAGAAAGGUGAAUAUAUGUAAGGUCAUUCAAGAGAUGACGAGCCCCUCUUAUUGUAGUGCAUAUAGAUGUACCUGAGGUAUUUUUUAUAGUUAAUGUCAUAUCUUUUCAACAUGUUUCUAUACCUCUAUUUAAAACGUAGGCUCAGGAAGCGUAUUUGCUGUGUUUACACCUUGCAGCAACUGCCAAUUGCUCGUUUUUAGCUUUAGAAAAAGUUAUCACAGAUGGUCGCAGUUCUAAAAGGUCUCCUGCAUUACAGUUUAAAUGUUCUCAUGCGAAAUAAAGAAAAACGUUUUUUCACCAUUGAAUAUGUCCAAAACUAAUCUACAGCUAUUGAAAAGUCUUGCUGAUGAGGAGCAAGAGCUCUAUCUGAAUGUCUGUAGAGCAAGAAUAAGGCAGUUGAACGAGGUAAAAGUUAAUUUAUACACACAUAUAUCACUACUAUAUUAUUAUAACUAUCUUUAUGUUAUAGGAGCUCGAUAACGUAAGUACAACUAAUCCUAAUAUUGUGAUGCCUAUUAACAAGUCUUUAUUCUUCCCACAACUCAGGAAGUUGAAGACAACGAGGGAAGUUUCUUUAUAAGUUUAUCUGGACAAGCAUUAAUCUGUAAUAUAUAGGACUUACAAAAGUUCUUAAAGAACAAAACAAAAAAAACCAAAGAAUCCAUAAAAAAUACAUACUUUGAAUGGAUAAGUAGAAAUGACAUAUAUGAUGCCACUGAUUGUAGCGCUGGCGCACACAAUGAA